AUGGCAGUUCAAUCUUGUUCGUCAUCAUCAUCAUGGGGCUAUCUAGAACCAUUGUUACCGAUUUAUCCAAAAAUAUUAUUAUCAAAACCCUCUUAUAUAUUUGGCCGUAAUCCAGCCGAAUGUGAUGUAUCAUUGAAUAGUGUCGAAUUGAAACAACAUGAAUACUUUGUUCAUCUGAGUUCAAAACAUUUUAUUUUGGAAUCAAUUGAAAAUGGAAGUAAUCGUCGGAUCACAUUUCAUGAUAUUAGUCGAAAUGGAUGUUUUGUUGAUGGUCAACAUGUUCAUAAAAGAAAAAUUCUAUUACGAAACAAUGAACAUGUCGUCUCAUUGGCAUUGAAUGAAAAUAAAGUUUAUCGUUUCAUUCGAUUAGAUGGUUUGUUUAAUGUAAUUAAUUUAGAUGAACGAUAUAUGAAAUGUGGUCUAUUGGGUAGAGGAAGUUUUGCCGCGGUAUCUUUAGCAUUAUCACAUAUGACCCAUACACGUCGUGCAAUUAAAAUAAUUAAUAAAGAGCAAUGUGAAAAACAAAUUGGUCCAGGAUUCAGUAAAUAUUUGUAUCGUGAAGUUAGUAUUCAUGGGAGUGUUGAUCAUCCAUGCAUUCUCAGACGAUAUGAAGUUUAUCAUGAACGAUUUGACUUAUUUGUGGAAAUGGAAUACGCCAGUGGUGGUUCUUUGUACGAUAGAAUUAAUAAUAGUUAUAUAAUGGAUGACGAAGAAGUCAAAUUUAUUUUCUACCAAAUUGCCUUUGCACUAUCCUAUUUACAUCGAUUAAAAAUUGUUCAUCGAGACAUUAAACCGGCAAAUAUUCUUCUCAUGUCAAAUGAUAAAGAAACAGUAGCAAAAUUAAGUGAUUUUGGUGUAGCUAAAUAUGUUUAUGCAUCAUCAAAAUAUUUAAAUACGACUAUAGCAGGUACACAAACCUAUAUGGCUCCAGAAGUUCAGUUUCAAACAGGACAUUCGACAAAUGCUGAUGUAUGGUCAUUUGGAAUGACAUUGUUGAACGCUUAUGUAGGCGAAAGUAUUUUUCGUUUACGUACUAUUCGUUCGAUUAGUUCCAUUUCGAAUAAUAAAAAAGAUUUAAAAGACAUUCUUAAUAAAACAUUAGAAAGGAAUACUUAUGCACGUCCUGAUAUGUCACAAUUAUUAAAAUAUUCAUGGUUUCGCGAUCUUAUCUGUGUUCAACGCAUUCAGCAAUUAAUUCAAAUGCAAACCGGUAAACAUUUAAAUGAUCCAUUUGAAAGAUAG